AUGGAAUACCACCUAUGCAAGACACUGCUCUUCUCUUUGAUUAUCAUCGGUAGCCAUGCAAGCCAGUUCUUGACUGACAAGACCCUACCCGAGGGAAGAUUUUCAGAUGCCUGCACCAACGCCCUCGUAUCCAACAUCUCCUGCGAGUAUCAAGUCGCCACCUUUCUCCAAGACCGAUACUACCCAGUGGACUCCCUCGUAGAGGCGUGCACGCCCUCGUGCCAACAAGGACUUGCUGCGUACGAACACGCCGUCUCGUCUGCUUGCAAUGACUCUGAUAUUUACCGGAAGUCUGAGACGGGAUAUGCUCCAGCGUAUGCAAUACCUAUGCAGUAUCGCUAUUAUUACAAUAAGACCUGCAUCCGAGACGGCGAGCGCUGGUGCCAUGAUGUGGCUCAUAACAUGGCGACCGGGAAGAUUGAGGCAGAUCGAUGCGACGACUGCUCUAUCAAGCAAUGGCAGUUUGUUGCCGGCUCGCCCAUGUACGCUGGUAAUCAGUUGAGGUCCAGCUAUACCGCUUUAACAAAGAGCUGCUCCAAAACAGGCUUCCCUUUGGCACCCUCUUCUUCUUUGCCAUCUUCAUCUACCAGCACAACUGCCUCACCAACUCCUUCCGUCUGCAGUGGUAAAACAUAUACUAUCAAAUCCGGAGACACAUGCCAGUCAAUUUCCAAGUCUCAGGGUGUCGGCACUGCACAGCUACUGGUCGAUAAUGGUCUCGAAGCCUAUUGCAAGAACUUUCCAAGCCAAGGUGAACUAUGCAUCGACCGCACCUGCACCACACACCCUGUGGCCGCCAAUGAGACAUGCGCAGAUAUUGGACGCAAAUACGUUAUCACCCAAGUCCAACUCACCACUUGGAACCCGAUUCUUGGUCAGAACUGCCGUCACAUUGAGCGCUCAGUUGGGAACAACAUAUGUGUCUCGCCCCCAGGAGACGAUGGCUCCUGGACGCCCAUCACAAUCCCAACUUCAGUCGCUCCGACAACAACAGAAACCGCAACACCGGCUCCUGUCCCAACGAACCUGGCAAAUGGCACUGUAAAGCGUUGUUCACAAUACUAUCUCGUGGAGCCUGGGGAUUAUUGCAACAAGGUCAUUCUCAAAUAUAGCAUUUCGCUGGAUGAUUUCUUGUUUCUCAACAAGGGUGUGAACAAAAACUGCACGAACCUUUUUGCCAACGAGUCUUACUGCGUCUCGCCUCUUGGUUCUAUUGAUGACUAUCCCGGUGCACCCGGGUAUAUUGACCCGAGCGCCAGCUACUCGGAUAUUCCCUACUCCAGCUACCCCACGGCAGUCUAUACACCUCCUAUUAAUGCCAACGUAACAAAGCUUUUGCCCAUUUCUCCGGGUGGUCGGAAGGAUUGUUAUAUCUACGUAGCUGGCCCAGAACUCCAGAUCGAUGUCUCCGGCACCUUCUACGCGUCCUCCUGCGAAGCCGUCGCCGAGGCAGCCGGAAAGGCCGUGGAGGAGUUAGAGCAAUGGAAUCCCUCUAUCAGCGCCAACGGGACGUGCACAUUCAGCCCGAGCUACCGAUACUGUAUGAACCCGAACAGACCUACAGAUAGUGGUCCUGUUGCAACAAAGCCUCCUGUGCCUUCCUCCAACACAUCGGCGGCAUCUCAUACUACUAUAUCCUCCGUGAGCACCACGACCACGGCGACCAAGACCGCGCCCACGACCGGAGGCCCCCCUGGCCCAACCCAAUCCGGCAUACCCGAUAACUGCAACAAAUGGCACCUAGUUACAAGCUCAGACGAGAAUUGUGCUACCGUUGCCGCAAAAUCCAACAUAAGCCUCGAGCAGUUUUACGAUUGGAACCCUGCUGUUUCACAUGACUGUGUGGACGGGUUCUGGAAGGAUGAAGCAUAUUGUGUCGGCGUAGCCAAGUGA